GUCGGGGCACUUGGCAGAAGUAAACCGACGGGGAGGGGAGUGUGCGCACGGCUGUGGAAGCAGGCGCGCGCACAGUCGACCACUGCGAAGUGCAGAGCGCGGGACGGACUGGCUGCGGUCCACGAGAAGACCCCGACCCCUCCAGCCAACUGUGAGCCGCUCACACUCGUCCCCACCAAUAAUGUGAGAACCAGACGGACACGUUCCGUCAGAUGUGUAAACCCACCGUCGCUCCAUUGUGCUCGAGUGCCGUCCCGGCUCAACACCGCCACACGGUUCGCAGUCAGGCAACAGAGCAGGCUGUCCGUCCGCGAGGGGAUACCUGGCGUGAAAUGCGGCAAUGUCCCGCGGAAUUUGCCCACGCGUGAACUCUUGUGCAUCCUCCUGGAUUUGUGCAGCGGUCGUGUUGGCCGCGUGCGUGAUCGACGCGGAGUCGUACAGCUGUCAUGAAGUGAGGACCGCGUACCAGCUGCGGCAGGUCGGGCCGCUGCACCGCGUCCCGGAGACACCUGGCACAGAUGUGGAUCUGUUGAUUUGUAAGCACCAGGGUCCAUCCUGCUGCACCCGGAAAAUGGAAGAGAGCUACCAGAUUGCUGUAAAACGAGAAACCCUCCACAACAUUCAAUCCUACAGCUAUGAGCUUGAGCACCUCAUCUCCGGCCAUUCGGAUGCCUUCCAGGACAUGUUCCAGUACCUACUGUCUUUCUCUCAAGGCCACCUGAGUUCUCUGUUGGAGGGAACUUACUCACCCCUGUCCCGCCACACCUUGCCCCAUGUAAAUCAGCUCUUCUCCUCGCUCUCCCUCUACCUCUGCGGGGCCAACGUGUCUGUGGAGGCCUCGGUUCAACAAUUUUUCAACAACCUCUUCCCACUCGUCUACACGCGGCUCAUAAAUCCAGGUAUUGAAGGCAGCAUGACGGAAGCCAGUGAAAUGGGUGACUGUCUUCGUAUGAUCAGGCAGGACGUCAAUCCCUUUGGGCCUUAUCCUGCUGCUAUGGCCCAGGAGCUGGCUGGGGCGUUGGGAGCCGGAAGACAACUGGGUCUGGCCUUGGAGGAGGGCGUGGAGGUGAUGAAUGCCACCGAGCAUGUCAGCCUAAGCAAAGAGUGCGUGAAGGGCCUUGUGAAGAUGGUGUUCUGCUCCCACUGCAGAGGCUUGACGCUCAUCAAGCCCUGCGUGGGAUACUGUCUGAAUGUAAUGCGAGGCUGUUUGGCCAGCGUGUCAGAGCUGGAUCAGCCUUGGAGGAGGUAUACCAGUUUAUUGGAGCAGCUAACCCACGCCAUGGCCGGCCAGCACAGCCUGGAACUAGCCCUGCUGGAGGUCAGGGGCCGCGUUCACAAUGCCCUGCUCUAUGCACAGCGUCGUGGUCCACUCAUCACUGCCACAGUGGACAAGGUGUGUGGCCUGACUACCGGGGAACCUACAAGCAUGCACCCCACUAGCCCAGAGGUCACAACCUCUACCGUGACCUCAUCGUCUCCUCUUCCAUCUGCCGCCCCCUCCCAACCAGAGCAGUGGCUGAGGCAGCUCGCGCACUUGAAGAGCUCGUUCCCCCUGAAACCCUCCAAGAACAAUAAACAUAGUCUGAGAACCCUCUCUAGGGAGUUCUUGAUGUACCUGCAGCGCUACAAGUCUUUCUUUGCAGCUUUGCCAGAGAUGCUGUGUGAAGGGGAGAAUGUCAUGGACGAUUCCACAUGCUGGAGCGGAGACGAUGUGGUCGAAAGCUAUUCUGGCAGAGUUGUUGGAAACGGUCUGCACGCACAGAGGCAAAACCCAGAGGUCAAAGUUCGCACUGUGGACCCUACACUGGCCGAGGUCAAGGAGAAGUUGGAUCGCUUCAACCGGGAGACCCAGGAGAGGUUUCCAAAACUGGACCAGGUAGAGGCCUGGGAUGAGCUGGGCAGUGGGCGAUCAGAGGGCAGCUCCAUAGGCUGUGAUGAUGAAGAUGGAUGUCAAGCCUCAGGAGAUGGUCAAGAAAAUAUCUCACAUACGGACGCCUCCAAUGAAAGAAGGCCCAUCGGCCGACAGCCUGGAGGUGACAGCCCACCAGAGAACCCUUCCAAGCCCCCUUCAGUGAAGGUGAUAGGGGCCUCGCCGUCUGGCAACUGGGCACGACCCUGGAGCCUUGCACUGCUCUGUGCUGCACUUUGCUUCCAGUGGACCCUAUUCUGAUGCCUGCACCGUCUGUGAAAUCCCCCUCAACCCUUUAGGAAACAUGUAUGCAGACAGACGUUCAUAUCAUAUAAAUCACCUAUAGUAUCCGUACUCCUGUCCUCAAUCUGCGUGGAUGGAAAGUAACGAUGGGGAAAGAAAUGUGGAGACGCAGAUGGAAACGAAAGUGAGGAGGACGACAUUGUAGGAGACUGUAGAUUGGGGGGGGGGCUCCUAUAAGAACUUAACUGAUCCCAUGCACAACGUUUUUGCCUGCUGCUUCCACUAGGAUGUUCUGGGAUUGUGUGUGUGAGUGCGUGCCUGCUUAUGUGUGUGUGUGUGUGUAGGCAGACACCAGUAUAGCCCUGCAGCUCCUUGCUCUACUCACACUCGACACAUGCUUCGAACUUCAGACCAGGACUUCAUCGUUAUGAAUUUUACUUUAAAACACUUAGACUCACUUUCACAUGUUCUAGAUAUACCAACACAGUUGUCCCCUUUGUCUGCUGCUUUCAGGCUAAAAACCUCAUCACAGCCAUCUGCCAGCCAGACAGAAGAAUUCAGCUUAUUUGAAAACUCAACUUAUUUUCCUUUUGAGGAUUAAGGAAUGCAUGAUAGAUUGAUAGAUCAAUCCCAGGUGCCUGGCCUAGUACCCGCAGAUUUGAUAUUCUCUGACUGUGUACCUUGGCAGGGAUUAGAAUGUAAUGAGUUCACAGAUUGAGCACAGGCACAAUUGCACGGUUCAAGACAUUGUGCAGACAAACUAGGUGUGUAUAGUAUGUAACUGUAUAUAGGUGGAAAUAUUUGAUGGAGUGUAUGAGGUUCUGAUUCUGCAAAAAGCUUUUAACUGAUUCAGCUGAAUGUUUUUUUGUUUUUCUUUUCAACUAGCUGUGAAUGGGCUCUGCUUGUCUGCUCCAUACUGUGUAGACGAUGCAAAAAAUACUUUAGAGAUUUAAUUUCUAUAACAAAUAAAGCAGGAAUGUACAUCAUUCCCCAUCUCAAGCCCAUGACAUACAUGGAUAUAUGUUGGACAAGUCUAUACAUUGUUGAUUUGAAUAAUGUUUAUUGUGCAUCCAGUUUUGUGUGUUUGCUUGUUGAAUUGCACACCAAUGCAUGUAUAACUUGCCAGGUUCUCAAAUUCAUUACGAUGGGAUCAGGCCCUUCCUCAGAAAGCAUAAAAAAAUAUAUGGAGAUUUUCAAACUGAUGGCAUGAAAUCAGGUUUCACCUUUAUCUUUCAAAUGAUUGCUUGGUAUUUGAAAACAAGGGUGAGAUUGGGUAGAAAAUUCAUUACAUGCAAAUUAGAAUACAACUUAUCACACAUACACACAAAAAAACAGAAUAUUUUUACAUUGAUGCGUGUAUCUAUUGUUUAAUCUAGUUCAGUGGCAGCCAUUGUAUAAGCACUUCUUCAUGGAUAUUGUCAUGUACUUUGUCCAACAUUGGACUUUUUCUUGUUUGUGUGUUUUUUCAUGAACAUCAUUAAGUAAACGGUCGCACAGUGGUACAACUAUCAGCACUUUCGCGGCAAGAGGGUUCUGGGGCAACCCUCAGUGUGGACGCUUGUGAGGGUUUUCUUACCCAAGUUCAAAGAAAUGCAGGUCCAGUUAUUUUGCAACUCUAAAUUGCCUAAAUAGUUGUGGAUGUUAGUGUCAAUGGUUGUUUGUCUCUAUGUGUCAGCCCUGUGAUAGACAUGGCGACCUGUCCAGUCAGUUGAGGUUGGCCCCUCUUCUAAGCUGAAAGGAUAAGCGGGGAAGCAAAUGGAAACCCAAAUAAGCUCAAAUGCCUUGGAAUCCCAACAGUUGAAAGAGCAAAUCAUAAUUUGUUUUGAAUGAUUCCUUGCGAGGAUGUAACAAAAGGGAAUUUUAGGAGAAGAAGAAAACCGGUGUGACUUUUACAAUGGCUUCCUCUGUAUACCAGUUUUCUUUCUUGUUUUGUUGAGGAUUGUGUACGCACAGUUACUGGUACAGCAGAGUACCCGUGUGAAUGAGAAUGAUGAAUGUAUGGUCAUUGCUAUGCAUAUGCAAUAUUAAUGCUGACUAUGCCCGAUGUAAAAGCUUCACAGAUACAGUAUCUAAGCUAAGGGCUACACACUUACAGCUUGACAUGGGUCAAUGAUAUACCUCUUCCAUUAACUAGACUUUAUUCUGUAAAACUUUUCCUGUCUCUGCUGAAAAGUAAUUCACCUGUACCUCUUCAUAGCAAUGCAAAAGGGAUGACCCGCUUAACCUCACUCACAUAUAUAUAUACAAUUAUUCAUUAAAUGCCUGAACUCAAUGGAGAACAGGGAUAACUACAGCUAUAUACGGUUUGGGCAGUUUAAAUGUGUCACAUUUCUUGUUCUGUAACCAUGUUUGUUUAGUUCAUAUGAUUUCCUCCAUGAAUGUUUAGUCCCAGACUCGCGUCAUUGCACCCACAGCUCACUUUCAGUCCUAUACCCUCGCAUGUGUAUAAAUGUAAAUAUUUUAAGUCACUCACUAUUUUUUUGUGUCUCAUUUCUUUUGUAUCAGUAUCAUACAGUGUAGUCGGGCUCUAUUAAAGGUGCUCUGCUUGUUUGAUUGUUUGUAUUUUUGCUUGUCUCCAUAGCCUAUCCUUAAAGAAUAUCAGUCACAACAGAUUGAUAAUUGAUAAACAACAGUGAUUUAUGCUUGAAAGACAUGUUUAUUAAAGGCUCUUCACACCCACA